CUACGAGGCAACAUGGCCAAGGCCAACGCCGCCUCCUCGCUCGAGGACUUGGACCUCAGCGGCGACGAGGUACAGCGGCUCACUUCGGCCUUCCAGGACCCCGAGUUCCGGCGGCUGUUCGCGGAUUACACUCAGGAGCUCAGCGACCCGGCACAGCGGCGGCGCUACGAGGAGGAGAUCACGGCGCUGGAGCGGGAGCGCGGGGUGCAGGUCCGCUUCGUGCACCCGGAGCCGGGCCGCGUCCUGCGCACCAGCCUGGACGGCGCGCGGCGCUGCUACGUGAACGUGUGCAGCAACCCGCUGGUGGGCGCUCCCAGCAGCCGGCCCGACUCCCGAGGCGCCACGCCGGGCCACCGCUGGUCCCUGCCGCACAGCCUGACGCCCGGCCGCGAGUAUGCGGGGCGCCGGGGCACCGGCUACACGGUCUACGACGUGGUUUUCCACCCGGACGCGCUCACCCUCGCCCGGCGCCACGAGAGCUUCCGCCACAUGCUGGACGCCACGGCUCUGGAGGCCGUCGAGAAGCAGUUCGGUGUAAAGCUGGACCGCAGGAACGCCAAAACCCUGAAGAUCAAGUACAAGGGGACCCCGGAGGCCGCCGUGCUCCGCACCCCACUGCCUGGGGGUGCCCCGGCGCGGCCUGAGGAGCCCGAGGGCCCGCUUGCCCAUUUCCCCUACCCCUACCCCUACCCUUCCCCGGCGGCGGCGCACUCGGAGACCCCGCCUCCAGAGGCUUGCUCCGCCCCGCGCACGGAGUCGGACCCCGCCCCCACCGAGCCUCGCCACAGCGUGGUGCAGCGCCACCACGUGGACCUGCAGGACUAUCGCUGCUCGCGCGACUCGGCCCCGAGCCCCGUGCCCCGCGAGCUGGUGGUCACCAUUGAGCUGCCGCUGCUGCGUUCGGCCGAACAGGCGGCCCUGGAGGUGAGCGGCAAGCUGCUGUGCCUCGACUCGCGGAAGCCCGACUACCGGCUGCGGCUCUCGCUCCCGUACCCGGUGGACGACAGCCGCGGCAAGGCGCAAUUUCAUAAGGCCCAGCGGCAGUUGGUCGUCACGCUGCCCGUGGUCCUGCCUGCGGCGCGGCAGGCGCUCCCCGCGGCGCCGGAAGGUGCCGGCGACCCGUCCGGAACUGACGGCGCGGCCUGCGUUCCCGCGUUCCCGGAGGAGGCGGGCCUGGCUAGGAGUCGCGCCGACGACCGAGACUCGAGUCCCAGCAGAGCAGGGGCUGCGGACUCCGAGGUCGUCGCCCCGGGUGCGCCCGAGGCGGUGUCGCCCCCGCGCGGCGUGGAGGAGCUGGUUCCCAAACCGGAAGAGCCGGACUCCGGCCGGCACGUGGGCGCGCCGCUGGGCGGUGGCGGAGGCUCUUGUGUUUUAACCUGGGACCUUGACGCGAGCCCCUGUGUAGAAAGAGGGGGUGCCGGCGGAGAUCUGAGUGUGGAGACCCGCGUAGACCGAGAAGGCGCCGGCGGAGAUCCCUGUGACGGGGCCAUGGGAGGUCCUAGGACCGAGAGUGCGGACCUGCUGUGCCCGCCUUUGCAAUGUAAUCAAGACGAAGAAUCCCUGAUUCUGCUCAUUCAAGUGCCUCAGAUCCUGCCGCAAAGUCUGCAAGGGGAUUUGAGCCCCCUCCGGUACACAUUGUGCUUCUCCACUCAGAACUUUGUUCAUUAUUCCUUCUUUUUGCAGUUUGCUCCAGAGAAUAAGUUAAGUAGCAAAGAACCAGCGAUUAGCAUUUCUUCAAACAAUGCUGUGAUAGAACUGGCCAAAUCUCCAGAGAGUCGUGGACAUUGGAGAAAGUGGUAUUAUGGUUUGAACAACGAUACUUUGGAGGAAAAGAUGUUUGUCAAUGAAGAAAAUGUUAAUGAGUUUCUUGAUGAGGUCCUGAGCUCUUCAUUGAAGCAAGCACUACCCCUAGUUCCACCACUAAUUGAAGUUCUUCAAAUUACUGAUGAUAAUAUUCAAAUUCAUGCAAAGUUGCAAGAAAAUAGUAACUCUGAUCAGCCUCAUGUAAAGGAUGGAGUCCAUGAAGGAAGUUGUUUGGCUAAAGAAGGAAACACCACUACAACUGAACAAGAACAUACACUGCGAAGUGCCAGAUCUUCCGAUUCCUCUAUCAUAGCAAAGGAUGUGCUAGGAGCAGAGAGUUGUGGUUCAGUUGCCUUCCUGCAACAAGAGUCUCUUGAUGUUUCUCAGGAGCUACUUGGGAAAUCUCAGCAACCUGAGUCAAAAAUGGAACCUGAAUUUAUAAAAGAGAAAUGUGCCGGUUACUCAAAUGAACCAGAAUUAACUGAAGAAAAAGAGUUAAAUGUAGAUCACCUUUCUUCACUACAAAACAAAAGUACAGCUCACCAUAUACCUGCUUUUGAAAGCAUAAAAGAAACCAAUAUGCAGGAUGGCAGUGUGCAAAUUAUUAAAGAUCAUGUGACUCAUUGUGCAUUCAGUUUUGAGAAUCCAUUGCUGUAUGACUUAGAUUGAUUCUAUACAAUUUUGGAAGUUAAAGGUUAAUAAUUUUGUUUUAAGUAGGACCUAAAAUAGUCUAUUAAAUAUUCAUUGCUUUACAACUAAAUCUAUUCAUAAAAGUAUAAGGUUAAAAUCUGUAAUUUUGAUUCUAAGUGUUUUGCUUUUGCUUUGUGGUAUUUGCCUCCCAGAGAAGUUAAUUUUCCUUAAUUUUGGAGGUAAAUUUUGUGAUUCCUCUGAUGUUUUUCUAGUGGAAAAUUAAACUAGUUUUAUUAAAACCUUUA